UUAGGAGAAAAAUUUCAGGAAUAAGCUCUUGCACCAGUGGAGACCUUGUACUGCUUCACCUAUUUACAAGCUCAGCAUAUCUCCAGAAUGUAUAGAUUGCAGAGACUUAAACUGCAAUCGCUAUUACUGCUGUGGUGGACAGCCAUUACCAGCGCCUACCGACCAUUACCUAGUGCGGCCCUGGACAAACUCACCAGUCUCUCUGUAAACGAACGAUUACUGGUCAAUGGAAGCUUCCUGGCACCAUUACUCGUUCCUCGGGUGGCUGGAACAGAGAACAAUGUCAAAGUUCGCAACUUCAUCAAAGACCGUUUCGAAAAAUUAAAUUGGAAAGUAGAGGAAGACAAGUUCGUGGACGACACCCCUCUUGGUCAGAAAGAGUUCAGUAACAUUAUCGUUACGAAAAACCCUCAAUACGCUUCUCGGCUGGUGCUAGCAGCUCACUACGACUCAAAGUACUAUGAACACUUUGAAUUCAUCGGCGCAACGGAUUCUUCUGUGCCGUGUGCCAUUUUAUUGGAUGUGGCUGCCACUUUGGACCAAUAUCUGGACACUGCACGCGUCAAGUCAGGGUUGCAAUUUAUCUUCUUUGAUGGCGAAGAGGCAUUUGUUGAAUGGUCCGACGAUGAUUCUAUCUAUGGCGCAAAACACCUGGCCGAAAAGUGGGAGAAGCAGGUGGUUCCAACCGGCAAAUAUCACACCUCCAAGCAAUCGUCUAUGCUCGACACUAUAGAAGUUAUGGUUUUACUGGAUUUAUUGGGUGCUAGUAAUGCCAAGGUGUACAAUCUAUUCCGAUCAACAAGCUGGUUGUUUGAGCAUAUGGGCGACUUGGAGCAUCGGCUGGUCACAACGGGUAACUGGCGACAUGAUGGAGAUGAAUUUGACGAGCCCGACAUGAUAUUUGAUACGCAAGGCGUCGAUAUGUUCCAUGGUCAAAUCCAAGACGAUCAUAUUCCUUUUCUAAUUCGGGGCGUUAACGUUUUCCACAUUAUACCAACUCCCUUCCCUAGAGUAUGGCACAGCAUUCACGAUAAUGCAGAUGCCGUUGAUGCUACUGUUGUGCAAAAUUUGGCUGUUUUGUUUAGAUGCUUUACAGCAGAGUACCUGGAGCUCGAUGUUUUGGGUCACCAAGAGCUUUAGACAUAUAUAUGUAAAAUAAAAGGUUGAUGGGCAAACAAACACUGGUUGAAUUCACGGUUCAAACAUCUUGAUUUUCAUUUCAUACGUUUGAU